GCUGGUGCUGUCCCGGCGCGGCGGGAUUCCAGCCAGCGCACGGCGUUCGGAACCCGGGUCUGCGCGCUUGGCUUUCCAUGCGUGAUGUCGCUGCUCGGCUGCUGAUCGCCUCGCCCGGCUGAUCCCGCUCUGAUGUGAGGCCGUGGAGGUCCCCAUAGGCAGGAAGCCUUCGCAAAGCCACAAUGGAAGUAAAUUGUUUAACACUAAAAGACCUGAUCAACCCCAGGCAGCCCAGACUAGAUUUUGCAAUUAAAGAUGGGGAAAAUGCACAAAAGGAAAAUAUAUUUGUUGAUCCAUCAAGGAUGGCCCCAAAGACUCCAAUCAAAAAUGAACCAAUUGACUUAUCGUUGCAAAAAAUCUUCACUCCAGAAAGGAAUCCCAUUACUCCAGUAAAGCUUGCUGACAAACAGGCAGAACCAUGGACGCCCACAGCUAACCUGAAGAUGCUCAUUAGUGCUGCCAGCCCGGACAUAAGAGACCGGGAGAAGAAAAAGGGACUGUUCAGGCCCAUUGAGAACAAGGAUAAUGCGUUUCCAGACUCUCUACAGCUUGAUGUUGGGGACAGUGCUGUGGACAUAUUUCAAAAGCGAAGGCCAAGCAGAAAACAGAAAAGUUUAGGACUCCUGUGCCAGAAGUUUCUAGCUCGCUACCCAAGUUAUCCCUUGUCAACUGAGAAAACUACCAUCUCCCUAGAUGAAGUUGCUGUCAGUCUUGGCGUUGAAAGGAGACGCAUCUAUGACAUUGUAAAUGUGCUGGAGUCGCUGCAUCUGGUCAGCCGGGUGGCCAAAAAUCAGUAUGGCUGGCACGGACGACACAGCCUGCCCAAAACCCUGAGGAACCUUCAGAGACUAGGAGAGAAGCAGAAAUAUGAGGAGCAGAUGGCACACCUCCAACAGAGAGAGCUAGACCUGAUGGAUUACAGAUUUGGAGAACGUAAAAAAGAUGGCUAUCCAGAUCCUCCGUUACUGGAUUUCUCUGAGCUCGACUAUCCCUCUUCAUCUGCAAACAGUAGAAAAGACAAGUCUCUGAGAAUCAUGAGCCAGAAAUUCGUCAUGCUGUUCCUUGUCUCUAAAACCAAGAUUGUUACUCUUGAUGUGGCUGCCAAAAUACUGAUAGAAGAAAGCCAAGAUACACCGGACCACAGUAAAUUUAAAACAAAGGUACGACGCCUCUAUGACAUAGCCAAUGUCCUGACCAGCUUGGCUCUGAUCGAGAAGGUGCACGUAACAGAAGAGCGAGGCCGUAAACCAGCCUUCAAAUGGAUCGGACCUGUGGACUUCAGCUCUGGCGAUGAAGAACUAGUGGAUGUUUCUGCAUCUGUCUUACCAGAAUUAAAAAGAGAAACCCAUAGCCAGGUACAAGUCCGUGCAAUAAAGAAGCUGGCUCGACAUGGUUCUUUCAACCAAGUUCAGGCUUCUGAGAGGAUUCAAAGGAAAGUGAACUCGGAACCCAGCAGCCCUUUCAGACAAGAACAAGGUGGCUUCACCUUAGAAAUCGGAAGUCUGGCACCUAUUUACCAACAGAAAAUAGAAAACAAUUCACAGGAGAAGGCCCUUGAGAGUAACAGAGUGAUGCCUCUGCCAAGCAGCCUGGACCCCACGGCUCCUUUCCCCAUCCACCCUGUUGACUCAGAAUAUUGUGUUAAUCCUUUAGCCCACCAAGUAUUCUCUGUGCCUCAGGCAGACAUGCAGGCCCUGUCUGCACAGAGUGGUCUGAAUGGACAAGUAGGUGUCUCACUUGCAGCUCCGGACAUGGAGAGCCUGAAGCCAGCCCCGCUGGCCAGUCCAUCUUUGUUGUAUGUGCCCGCCACCUCGCUAUUCAUGCUGUAUGGCAGCCUGUCCGAGGGACCGGCCCCAGGGUCAGAGAAGGACAACAGAAGCUCCAAAGUCUCAGCAGCAGCAGAGCAGUCGUCUGCACCCUCCGUUCAGAAGCGCCUCAGUGAAGAGAGAAAGCCUGAAGGGGAGGAGGAGCCAGCCACUAAAAGACAAAGUAGGGACUACGAAGAUGGCCCUCUGUCCCUUGUCAUGCCCAAGAAACCCUCAGAUUCUACCAACAUUGCCUCUCCCAAGACCCUGGAUAAAAGAGGACCUGUGCCCCUCGAAGACAUACACUUGACUAGCCAACUGUGCGCUGCAAAGGAAGUUUCAGGGAAGACUACAGCAAACGGCUUCAUUUCUUCAGAGUGGGUAAAUCCUUCAAGAAGUACAGAGAUUGAAAAGCCUUCAAGAGACAGCGGAGGCACCAAAGAGCCCUGUUUGUUGCAGUAUCUUUAUGUGCAGUCACCGGCUGGAUUAAAUGGUUUUAAUGUGCUCUUAUCUGGCAAUCAGACUCCCCAUGCUGUGGGGCCAUCUGCAGGUCAGCUGCCAUCCCUCAGUGUUCCUUGCAUGGUCUUACCAUCUUCAGCACUGGGCCCAUUUCCUAUUCUCUACUCUCCCACAAUGGCCGGGCCGGUUUCCUCUGCUCCUGGCACUCUCCCAAACACAGGACCUGUGAAUUUUGGCUUGCCUGGCUUCGGAUCAACAGCUCAUCUUCUCAUCAGCCCUACAGCCGUGGUUAAUCCAAAAUCGUCAACACACCCUUCCCCAGACCCCCAGCUUCAGGGCCCAUGCUCACUGAACCUGAGUCCCGUGAUGUCAAGAUCACACAACGUCACCCAUCCAGAAUCGCCCAUUUACGGAGGACCUCCAGUCUCUGUAAAAUUACAACAGUCACCAGUUCCCGUGACCCCGAAGAGCAUCCAACCCACACAUUGUGAGACAUUCUUCAAGACACCUGGCAGCCUCGGAGACCCCGUCCUUCGAAGAGAAAGCAAACAGCCUCGAAACACCAGCUCCGCACAGAGGAGACUUGAGAUAUCCAGCAGCGGGGCUGACUAACCUGACGCGUUGCCAGACAGGGGCGGUGUGAACCCACUUGAACUUCCCUGCAUUACAGAUCACAUGCUCAUGCUGAGCAGAAAGAGUGAGUGCAAACCAUCGGUUCUUCAGCAUGCAUCCUUCCUCUCUCAUCCAUGAGUUCUAAUGUUACUCCCCAUCCUCAUGAAUCAUCGUCCAUUUUCCUGAAAGUAAUUGUUAUUAAUUGUGCGUUUAAUCCCAGUUAGUGUCUAGACUCUGGGCCUGGUGUCACCGUGAAAGCGCCGGUUGACUUGUGGUUUUGCCUCAAGAAUCAUCUUAUUGCUGGAAACACAUCUUGAACAGGCUGCUGGAGCCUUGUGGCUUCUCCGAAGGUGGGGCCUGUCUAGCACUUAACUAGGGGGAGCAUUCUUGGCAUGUAUUUCCACUCGCCCUGAGUAGAUCUGUGGUGAGAGACACUUCCUUUCUGCAGUUUAAAACAACCUGCUUCUUUAGACUUCACCAGGAAGCCAACUUCAGUUGUGAAUCCUAUGGUUUUAUUUAUUCUGUUCCUGCAAUGGGAUUUAGUGCAAAAAAAGUUUACAACUGCAGCAAAAACAUGUUUUUCAGGGUAUGACGACUUGAAUGUUUGUACUGUUUCCCUAUGAUUUGCCCUGCACUUACUUUACAACCUAGUUAUAAUGUGGGUGAAUGUAUAUACGUGACAGAAUGUCAAGACCAAAAUAACUGUGAAUGACACACCUUGCUGUAAAUGAACUGUGCUAACUCUAUCUGGGCAUGAGAACGAAGAUGAACUCUAGCAGAGCCUAAUAGCUGCUUCUCAGAUAACUGUGUGGACAAAAAAGAAAAAUCCUACCAUGCUCAGUUUCCUUCACUACAUGCCCCUGUGGUUUUUAUUUAAAUGUUCACUGUAGAAUAUCAGGUAGGGAUGCCUUCUAGCAAUUGCUGUUUAUUGAAUAAAUCAGGAUGACAGAAAGUAAUUAUGUGGAACAUUGGAACUUGGAUGGGACCCUUUGGUAGGAUUCUGAGGAGUUAGUGUAGAAAUUGAUACAGGACAAGAGGUGAUUAUUUUUUUCUUUCACUUUUUUCUUCAUAUUUGGCAGGGUAAGAGGGAAAAUGGAUACAUGAUGUUCAGUAUCCAAGAGUAUUCACCCCAUAGUUAUUUUUCAGGCUACUUCUGAAAAAUAAGAACGGAGAAGGCAAAGGUCUAUUGUUCUAGCAUGAAUACAAUUCUGGAAGCUGUUAUGCCACGUCCCUUUGUUAAACCAUAGUACUCUGGGGUUUCAGUAAGUAGCCAAACUAAAUUUAUUGAUAUUUACCUCAUUCUUGUCUCUUCAGAAGAAAUGGCUUUCUCCUUCCCUCCCGUCCUUUCUUUAUUCCUUUUUCUUUUUAAAAAUUUCUAUCUUAGAUUCGGAAUCUUGGAAUAGGGUUUGAUUUUAUUUUUAUUUUUGGACCCAAUAAAAUGUUAUAUGAAAGAAUAAAAAUAUUAAUUUAAGAGACUCUGGGAGUCUGAGUAAAGUAGGUUUAUAUUAACUGCAGGAUAAUGUUAGCCUUAUUACCCCCACAAGAUUUUUUAAAACUUGAGGUAGGUAGCCAGAUUAAUAAAUUUGCUAUGAUAUAAAAUGUUUAUCAACACUAAACUUUUAAAGUUUACAAGAUGGUAUUUUUUUUUCCUUUAUCACAAUCUUUUCUAGAGUUAAACAGAUUAAAAAAAAAAAACAUGUAGUUCAACCAUCAGACAUUGCCUGGUAAUGAUUACCUUGAAUAUGACGGGUUCCUUAACAAAACAAAUAAAAAUAUGCCCUUUUCAGGUAGAUCGUGGGACACACAGCAUAUAAAUCUGCACAGGGUACAUACAUUUUAAAUAUACCAUGUUUAAGACCUUCCACAAAGUAUUUUCACUUGAGAGGUCCAUAUUUAGAUGAAAACACAAGCUGAUUUUUCUACUAUUGUCCUUAGAUGGGCUUCAUGUCAACUUCCUUGCUUUCCUUUUUUAAAAAUUCUGUUCCUGAUCGGACCACAUAAACCUCAGAAAAUUCAGUCCUGGAGAGGUGUAAGGAAGCAACCCCAUCCUUGAGACUAUUAGGACUCUGUGACUCUACUUAGCAACAGAAAAUUUAAAAACAUAUUCCUUUUCUAUUUAUUGGGUUGUCGGAAAAGUCAUGACGUAUUUUUUCUGUUUUUCACUGCAAAAAUGCGUCAUGACUGUUCCGACAACCCAGUAGUACCCGCUUCUUACUAGGGCUGCAGGAUUAUGUAAAAAUAAGAAUGCAGUAGUUGUUUCCAUCGGGAUGAUGAAUCUGUUUCUUACAGAGCAACUGCUGGACGGAAAGCUGCUGAGUUAGACUUGGAGCGACACAGCAGUGGCGAUCUGGAGUCUUUUCAUUGUAUAACUUAGUAAAAUUAAAAAAUAAUGGUUGGUGAUCUUGCUAAGGAAAUGCAGCUUUGAGGUGGCACUGAGGGAAGUGUGUGCUCUACCCUGUCCAGGGUUUGUGAAACCCUUUCCAUCUGGUACAAGAGUUGGGGGUAUAACUUUUAUACUUGAAUCUGCUGACCGAGUUUACAUGUCUCGAUUCCUUUUCGGAAGGUGCUAUUUCUGUGUUUAAAUAACUUUUUAUUUUCUCAGUGUAAAGCUGCUUUCUGCUUAUCUUAUUGCACUGCUAGUUUUAUGUAGGUAUUAAUUUUAUUGCUGCUUUCUGCUUUUGUUUUCACAUUUAGUUCUGCUCUUUUUCCUAACGGCUAUAUUAUCUAUAGCUAUCUACUUGUAGCUUUAGUACAUGUAAA